AUGGCUGAGACCCAGGCUGUGCCCACUGUCGAUGCCCCUCACGUUACCUCUGUCGACCGUGUGAGCAAGAUACCGGUCGUCAAUGACACACUGACUACUAUCAAUACUAUCUUGUCUCAAAAUGCCUAUUCUAAAGGGCUCUACUCCACGGCGCAAGCCUAUAGCGAACGUGCAUACAACCUUUCCCAACCAGUUCAGAUUCGCCUGGCGCCCGUUAUCGGACGUGUGGAUGGCUACGCAAACAAGGGCCUAGACGCUCUAGAAUCUCGCUGGCCUUAUCCGUUCCAAGCAACCACUGAAGAGGUUAUUGGUACCCUUCGGCAAGGACCUGAUGCUGCAUACGAUUUAGCGGCGUCGUAUGCCAGUGCCGCCACAAAAAUUUACGAGGACCGGGUUAAAACGCCAGCCUAUGUUCUAGUUUCCAAAGCUGAUUCUGCUUUACUCACGCCUAUUGUUGACCGAUUCGAGUUCGUGGUGAACAAGUUCCAUAAAGAUAUUCCGUCUUCUCCCUCUUCAGCAUCAUCUUCUUCCAGUUUAGACUCUGAAGGCUCUUCUGAGCGACAAUAUGCUCGUGCAUAUCGCCUUUCUCUGGAUCUUAAGGACCAAAUUCUAGUAAUUUCUGGCGACCAGCUCAAACAACUCCAGCAAAACAACAUAUACAUUCAGCGUGCCACCGAAUCUCUCUAUAACUUGACGAACAGCAUUACCGGCUUAUCACACGAAUCGGGCGCUCGCGCCCACCAAUUUUCCCAAUCCGUCUUGGGUGAAUUGGAGAGCAUUCAGCAUCUGGUUGUAUCACGUAAAGAAGCGCUUCCAGGCCAGUACUCUGCGCUCAAGGAAGCUAUCGGGGCAACGCUCGCUCAGGUCCGGGGAAUAGUUCACGAGACAGAUGUGCCAGUUACCGAGAAAGCAGUGAAGGUCAGGGACGUCGUGGUUGCCCGUGUACAACCAGUUCUACAACAGGUUAUUGAAGAGGGAAAGAAGUUGAUCGGAAGGGCCAAGGUCAAGGGCGAAGAGGUCGAAAACAAUACUGGUGCCAAAGUGAAGGAGAUAAAGGAGAACAGUGCCACUGGAGGAAAUGAAGAGAGCAGCACAACUAAUGACUCUGCUUGA